CUCUGCCUCUGGCUCUGGGCGUCCCAGUUGAGCGGCAGGUGGGAGUGUUGCUUUGUGUUUACAUUCCCGCCCCGUGCCGUCCCGAGCCGUCCUGACCAAACCUGCCUGCUCACAGCUUUCCUCUCUCACUUCCUCCACCCACUUCCUGACUGUGAGAGGAGGCUACAGACUGGCUCCAUGAAUGAGCUGCGGAGAGGGGCAGAUGCGGCUGUGGGCAGCUUGCCAGAGUGUGAAGGACAGGGAAGUGAGAGGGGCAGAGAGAGUGAGGAAUGUGCCAGUGUGUGUGUGUGUGAGUGAGUGAGUGUGUGUGUGUGUGUGUGAGCUGGUGAUCACCAUGUCUGUGUGCUGGGUGUCGCUGGUGUUGCUGUUCUGUUGCCAGCUUGUGAAUCUCUCUGGGGCAGGUGUACAGGUGGGCAGCGUGGAUGGAUUGGAGCCCGCGGUGCCCAGUAACGGCGCUGACAGCUCCUCACCCACAACGGGCAGAGGAACCCACAUCACAGGAGCAGCUUCCACCCGGCAACAACCCGCUUCAGCUGCAGACGGACUCCACAGGAAGAGCCUUCUGGACGAGUUGACGGAUUACACAUUUGUGUUCCCGUACGUGGUCUCUGGGAAGAGGAAGCGGAGUCUAGCCACUGUUCCCCAGGGCACGUACCCAGAGCAUGUCAGCAUCAUGGUGGAGGUCCCGGGGGAGCGGCUGAUCCUGGACCUUCGUCGCAACACGCUGCUGCUGCCGAAGGGGUUCCAGGUCUCUCACUACGACUCGAGCGGCACCCUGGUGACGGAGACUCUGGUGAACGGGACCUUGGGGACGGAGAAGGACUGGCAGCCGGGUUUGUGUUACUACGAGGGGUCGGUCAGAAACCUGCAGGGCUCUGCGGUGUCAGCCAGCACCUGCUCAGGACUCAGCGCCCUGAUUGUCCUCAGUAACCGGACCUACGUCAUCGAGCAUCUGGGGGGAUCUGUGAACGGGCAACAUUUGAUGUACAGGCCUGAAGAUGUGAAGUGGGUGCCGGGUCAGUGUGGAAUGAGAAACACAUCCCCUGCAUCCAACCUGGCCAAGCAACUGCAGCAACUGCACCGGAUGAAGAGGGAUGUCCUGCAGGAGAUGAAGUACAUCGAGCUGGUGUUGGUGACCGACAAUGCAGAGUACCAGUCUUACGGGAGCAACAAAGCGAGGGUGACGCAGAGAAUGAUCAACGUGGCCAAUGCCAUUGACCUGUACUACAGAACAUUCAACAUCCGCAUCGCUCUGAUUGGGGUCGAGGUGUGGACCACAGACCAGAUCGUGGUGGAAAGGAACGCUCAGAUAACGCUGGCACGCUUCCUAAAUUGGAGAGAGAAAGUCCUACUCCCACGACUCUACAAUGACAACGCCCACCUCAUCUUGGGCGGCAUUUUUGACAAGGGGACCGGGGGCCUGGCAUCUUUUGGCUCCAUUUGUUCAACAAGCAAUUCCGGAGGAGUAAACCUGGACAUCAACCACAGCUUCCUGAUGGUGUCGGCCACCCUGGCCCAUGAGCUGGGUCACAACCUGGGACUGACCCACGACACAGCGGAACGCAACUGUUUCUGUGAGAACCGAUUCAUUGGCUGCAUCAUGGACACUGCACUGGGCUUUGAGAUCCCCACCAUGUUCAGCAGCUGCAGCCGAGAGGACCUGGAGAACAGCCUGCGGCACGGGGUGGGGGUCUGCCUGUACAACCUGCCGCCUCUACACUUGCUGGUGGAGGGGCCCGAGUGCGGCAACAUGUACCUGGAGGAGGGCGAGGAGUGCGACUGCGGCACGGCUGGGGAAUGUUCGGAUCGCUGCUGCCAUCCUUUGACGUGUAAACUCAUCCCAGGGGCUGCGUGCUCAUCCACUGGUGCCUGCUGUAAGGACUGCAAUUUCCUCCCAGCAGGCACGGUGUGUAGGCCCAGACGGGGAGAGUGCGACCAGCCCGAGUUCUGCACGGGAAGCUCCCAAGAUUGCCCCAACAAUCAUUACAUGAAAGAUGGCUACACCUGCAGCAAAGGGACCUUGUUCUGCAACCAGGGGCUCUGUCAGUCUGCAGACAAGCAAUGCCAGGAGAUCUGGGGCGAUGGUGCGAUGUCGGCCGAGCAGAUCUGCUAUGAGGUAACCAACGGAGAAGGAAACCAGUUUGGCAAUUGUGGCCAGAACGAAAACAACGAGCAUAUUCCAUGCCGAGAUGAGGACGUCCUUUGCGGGAAGAUGCAGUGUAAGGGGGGAAGUGUAAAGCCCAUCCGUGGAGGCAACGUGCACGUCAUCACCAGCUCGCUGCUCUACCGGGGUGUCAAGCACGAGUGCCGGGCCACCUACACCACCUUCGAGGAUGCCAGCAGCUCCGACCUCAUCCGCCCGGGCACCAAGUGUGGGCACCAGAAGGCCUGUAUUAAUGCCAAGUGCCAGAACGUAGCCCAGUUGCAUGUGGGAAGCUGCCACAAGACGUGUAACAACAAUGGGGUGUGUAACAAUAAUGGCAACUGUUUCUGUGAUCAGGGCUGGUCUCCUCCUUACUGCAAUUCCAGCGGCACGGGCGGCAGCCUCGACAGUGGGCCAUUUCUAGCUGAACAACCAGUCUCAAACGUGACGGAGAUCGUGGACUUGACCAGCACCACACAGCACAGUUCCACACAGUCACCAGUCUCAAACGUGACGGAGAUCGUGGACUUGACCAGCACCACACAGCACAGUCCCACACAGUCACCAGGGCCACUGGGCUGGAGAACGCUGCUACCCGCCGUGUUGGUGCCGCUCCUGAUCCUGACUGUCGGUGGUCUGAUCGCUGGCUGGGUGCUGAGGAAGAAAAAAUACAUCGGGACCACCAGGACUGAGAACACCUUUGUGUUUGUGUCUGAGGAGAUCGUUCACAAGCACAGAGCUCACACUCACGGGGUGACGGGGUUACCCGGCCCACUGCCUAACACCAUGGUGUGACCCAGAGAGAAGAUUCAGACAUGGACCAGAUAACUCCAGCAAGUGAUUAGUGUGUGGCACCUGGCAUCACAUCACCUUGUAUUUAACUCCAGAAUACCUGGGGAAGGGCUGCUGAUCAAACAAUCCUGGUGAAUCUGAUCAAUCUGCCACUGAAGCAAACAUUUACAAGAAAGUAUCAGUGUGAUACGAUGAGCAAUUGUUACACAUAGUGAUUGUAAACAUCGAUUAUUUAUUCAACAACCACCGAGUCCGCAUCCGACCAGCGAUCCCCGCAAAUUAACACUAUCCUACAUACCCUAGAGACAAUUUACAUUUAUACCAAGCCAAUUAACCUACAAACCUGCACGCUUUGGAGUGUA